AUCGCAACCUUGAGCUGGUCAUCGUCGGCGGCGUCCUCAAGCUCACUACAAGACCCUACUCAACGCCAUGCCUCUUCAAGAAUACCAGGUUGUGGGGCGCCACCUGCCCACGGAGUCGGAGCCCACUCCCAAAAUCUACCGCAUGCGCAUCUUCGCGCCCAACGAGGUCGUCGCUAAGUCGCGUUUCUGGUAUUUCCUCAGACAGCUCAAGAAGGUCAAGAAGGCCAAUGGCGAGAUCAUCGGCGUGAACGUUAUCCAUGAGAAGAAGCCGCUGAAGAUCAAGAACUUCGGUAUCUGGAUCCGCUACGACUCGCGCUCGGGCACGCACAACAUGUACAAGGAGUUCCGUGAACUCACACGAGCGGACGCCGUCAAGGCCCUCUAUCAGGACAUGGCUGCCCGCCACCGUGCCCGGUUCCGGUCUAUCCACAUUCUCCGGGUUGUCGAGAUCGAGAAGACCGCCGAUGUCCGCCGGCCAUACAUCAGGCAACUCCUCACCCCCAAGCUCAAGUUCCCCCUCGCCCACCGCGUCUUCAAGGCGAAGUCGACGUUCGUCGCACACAGACCCACUACUUUCUAAUUGGGUAUGUAGUCACGGUCAAAAGGCCUUUGCCGGGUACUGUGGGCAGCGGUGCUGCGAGCAUGUUCAUGCGAUGCUAUGUAUUCCCGCUACGUGCGCUAUCAUGAUUAUAUGGAAUAUGUGCUCCAUCUGCCUGACAUCACCCGGGGUGAAGCAGUGUUAGUCCUGUAUAUACGCCGAGAUCAUGGUGCCGUCGAUCUACCACUCGCGACAACAUGGCGUUCAAUUGCAGCCA